AUGACGAGUGCCUCAUGGAGAUGGAUCGUCGGCGCGGUCCUGCUGGCAUGGUGCGCCGCGCAAGAAAGCGACCAUGAGGGAGGAAGUAGUGCGGAAGAAGCUGGGCAUGAGAAGUUGUAUGCGGCAGUGGCAUCGGCCGUGACAAUCACAGUGCUCAUAUUUCUCUCCAUCGUGUUUGAGAGUGGUACCGAGUGGCUUCGGGAAUCGACCGAAGACACAAACAUGCCAUUCAUCAACACUAUCUUCAGCGAGCUCACGACGCUUGGAUUCAUUGGAUCGGUCCUUUUUGUCAUGUCCAAGUCGGGGUACCUCAGCCAGAUCUCUAAAGCGUUGUUCGGUCCCAACAAAAGUGCAGAGCUUGAAGAAACAAUUGAACUCCUGCACAUGGCGCUCUUUCUCUUCAUCGUGAUAUUCCUCAUGCUAUGUUUGACCUUGCUCAAGUUUGGUGUCCAAGUUCAGAAUGAAUUCCGUGAGUUCGAACGGCGAGCUCCGUACGUUCAAGUAGUUGUGGCAGACUACUGCUUGGCCAGCGAGCCUGCCACAUCAUGGCGACAGUCACUAAGUUGGUCGUGGAAUCAUGAACGUACGAAACGGAAGCGCGAGAUGGUUUAUGUGAGCCUUCGCCGGCGCUUUGUCGACUUUCGAUCGAACCAUCCAGACCCCCACCGAGCGUACGAACUCGCCAAGGACUUUCAACUCGAGCGGGAUACCAGGUUCCCCUUCAAUGAGUACUUGACCAUUAUUUCGGGGGAAGUUAUGGCCAAGCUCAUCCAAAUUGACGGCAUUACGUGGAUUGCACUGGAAGUGUGCAUCAUUUCGCUCCUUGCAACGUGCUGGCUCGUCGGCCCGGACAACGAAGUGUUUGUUUUUGGCAUUGCCGGUGGAUUCCUCGUUCUCCUCAACCAGUUUGUCUAUGGCCGAAUUCGACAUAUGCGACAGUUGCUGACGCCGCCGAUUCUGUUCAAGAAAGCAGAGCGAUACCGCGCCAACCUUGCGUGGCGCGCCCAACACAACUUGGCGCCACUCGUUCCGACCCCACCAUCCAUUCCAAGUGAAUCCGUGCCGCUUCUGCCGUCCGAGGACAAAAACACUUCCCUCGUCGAUUUCGUCCCGCCAUACGUUCACGACCUGCCCCAAGGCGGCGUUAACCUUACAAUUCCGCAACUCCAAGACGCCCAGAAGCGAUUGCUUGGGGGCGGAACAGGCAAUGGCGUGGUCUUGGCGCUUUUCUCCACUCGACUCGUCUUUCUCUUUACGGCACUCCACUUGAGUGUGUUUUUGCUGCGGACGCUACCCCAUCUGGUCAACCGCACCGACAUGGACGUGGUUGCCAAGGCUCUGUGCAUGGUUGUGUCGAUCUUGCCGAGCUGCAUCGUGACAAGCAUGUCCAUUGUAAUUGCUCGGGACGGGCUGUUUGCGUUCAACGUGGAGGCGCUCAAGGCCCCCCGCGUAAUUAACAAAGUCAUGCGCAUCGUCAAGGCGCGGCAAACUCUGCGAACGCUGCGCUUCAUUGCGGAAAUGAAGUUGUACUUGCGCGAACAUGAAAACGACCAUGUCACGAGCGACUCGACUAGCCCAGACGACCAUGCAGCGCCUACGAACGGACAGGAAAAGGCGUGGGGCGGCAGCCGUGGCUUCAGCCUCAAAUCCAAGCCGCAUCAGUUCGUGAUGAAGGAACUUCCGUCGUUUCACUUGGACGACAGCGAUUGGGGUAACAUGUCCGUGUUGUCCCCACGCAGUCGUAUGGCGGUGGAAGUCCCGAUGUCACCCAUGCACGACCCUCCGCCAUUCCCGGACACGCCUCUCGGCCAUCGUUCCCAUCAUCCGACGAAAGACCAGUUUGCCGCCGAAACCGAGCGCCGCGAGAUCAACUCGAUUUUUUCCCUGAUCGACAAGGACAAGUCGGGCAAGAUUUACACGUACGAAAUGGAAGGAUUCCUCCAGCAAAUUUCGCCCGACAUGACGUCCGACCAAAUUCAAACCAUCAUGGACGACCUCGACAAGAGCAAGUCGGGCGGUGUGAUCUUUGACGAUUUCGAAGCGUGGUGUCGGACUCAUAUUCAUGAACACUCGUCCAAGCACAGCAAGCAUCAGCUGAUUCGAGAAGUGUUCAAAAUGAUCGACACGGAUAAGAGUGGGUACAUCACGGUCGACGAGUUUAUCUCGAUUUUCAAGUCGCUGGGGCAGUCGCUGGACCACGAAGAUGUCCGCGAGCUCAUUUACCAAAUGGACCGGAACAACGACGGCAAGAUUGAUCUCGAAGAGUUCCAAAAGAUGUUGCACAAACAUGCCGUCUAGCUCGUUGAUGGCCAUGGCACGCCGCUUCGAAUGAAGCAAGUGGACAAGUACAUCAUCGCAAUUCAAGCGCACCAGCGUCCUCAUCUAUUAACUGUAAACGGAAUCGCCGGUGAACCCUCUAUC